AUGAACGUCCUCGAAGGAAAAGUAGCAAUCGUAACAGGCGUAUCCAGCGGAAUCGGACUCGAAACCGCCAUAGCCUUCAUCUCAGCAGGCUGCAACGUCCUCGGCGUCGACCUCUCAGAAGCCCCUUCAGGUCUCCAAGACACCCACUUCUCCUUUUACCAAGCGGACCUCGGCUCCCCUUCCACGCCCUCCCUCAUCGUCAAGGCAGCCAAAGAAGCCUUUGGUGGGCGUAUUGAUAUAUUGGUCAAUGUGGCUGGUAUUAUAGACCGAAAUGAGGGUGUGGAGACGUUGAGUGAUGACGUAUGGGAGAAGGUGAUGACCGUUAAUUUGACGGCGCCUGUGAGGCUUAUGAGGGAGGUGAUUGGGGUUAUGAAGACCCAAGGCGACGGGGAGAAGGGGAAGGGGGGGAGUAUAGUGAAUGUGUCGAGUAAGGCGGGAAUUAGUGGGGCGGUUGCGGGUGUUGCAUACACGGCGAGUAAGCAUGGGUUGGUGGGUGUUACGAAAAACACAGCGUGGUUGUAUAAGGAUGAUGGAGUGAGGUGUAAUGCUGUUUGUCCUGGGGCUGUAAAAACGAACAUUGCUAAAGGCGCGGAUUUUUCGAAGUGGGAUAUGGGUGCGAUGUUGAGGAUGAAGCCUGUUUUGGAUGUCCAUGUCAAAGAUGUGUUGACGAAUGAAGGUGUUGCUGAACCGCGAUUAUGUGCUGAUGUUAUCUUGUUCCUUGCUUCUGACCUUAGUCGCGGUGUCAAUGGGGCGAUUAUCCCGGUCGAUCAAGGAUGGAGUGUUAUUUGAAGGGCUUGUAUUGGUCUUGUGGAUAGAGAGGGAAAUGUAUGGUCGAUACCA